CCUGAGUGGCAGGGGAACCGGAAGUGGGGGAGCUGCAGCGGGUGCUGAGGCCGGAGGAGGGACGCGCCGGAGCGGGGCUGCCGGGACUGAGCGAGCGACAGACGCGCCACCCGCCGACGCCGCAGCCGCUUGGGGCCCGCACGGACCCUGUGCCUGAGUGUAGAAUGAGCCAAGGAGACUCAAACCCAGCAGCCAUUCCACAUGCAGCGGAAGAUAUUCAAGGAGAUGACAGAUGGAUGUCUCAGCACAACAGAUUUGUCCUGGACUGCAAAGACAAAGAGCCGGAUGUCCUGUUUGUGGGGGACUCCAUGGUGCAGUUGAUGCAGCAGUAUGAGAUAUGGCGAGAGCUUUUUUCCCCACUUCAUGCACUGAAUUUUGGAAUUGGGGGAGAUACAACAAGACAUGUUUUAUGGAGACUAAAGAAUGGAGAACUGGAGAAUAUUAAACCUAAGGUCAUUGUUGUCUGGGUAGGAACAAACAACCAUGAAAAUACAGCAGAAGAAGUAGCAGGUGGAAUCGAGGCCAUCGUACAACUUAUCAACACAAGGCAGCCACAGGCCAAAAUCAUUGUAUUGGGUUUGUUACCUCGAGGUGAGAAGCCCAACCCUUUGAGGCAAAAGAAUGCCAAGGUGAACCAGCUCCUCAAGGUUUCCCUGCCGAAGCUUGCCAAUGUUCAGCUCCUGGAUACAGAUGGGGGCUUCGUGCACUCGGACGGUGCCAUCUCCUGCCACGACAUGUUUGAUUUUCUGCAUCUCACAGGAGGGGGCUACGCAAAGAUCUGCAAACCCCUCCAUGAACUGAUCAUGCAAUUGUUGGAGGAAACACCUGAGGAAAAACAAACCACCAUUGCCUGACUGGCUCCCAUCAGUGUUAAUAGCGUCCCAGCUUCCUCAGAUCAGUUAUAUCACUGGCACUACAGAAUCCUUCUCUUUCUUAAGGCACUUUGCAUUGUAGAAUGUUCCUGGAUGUUCAUAUCUAGUGUUUGAAGGGGAGGAGGGAUUUAAACUGGUCCUGUACAUAGAAGGUUUGUUUGACACAGGAGAAAAAUUAGCCAAGGAAGAUGGUUGUUUAAAUUCAUUGGAAACCAGAAGGGGACUUUUUAGUUAUAUGUGUGACACAUUCAUUGACUUAUCACUGUUUUUCCUAGGACAACAUCAAGCCUAAGUACUGAACAAAAUGAAGAUUCUUUCCUUGGCCUUUCUUUCUAUGGAUUAUGUCAUAUAUAAUAAUAAUUAGAAUAACACCUUCUUGGCUUUAAAACAGAUGUUUUUCCAGUUUUUAAAGUUCCUAAUUUAGCCUUUUGUUUUUUAUUUUGCUUUACUCAUACGUAUUCUCAAUGUUAUAGCAACAUAUAACAUCAGAUUGAACGUGCUUGUCAUUCAAGUAUGGGAGAUGCUAUGGUUACAGGUGAAUUUAUUCCACUCUGUUAACCUUUCCCAUGCUUAGCAGUGAAAAAUAGGUUUUGCCCCAUUUGGGGGACUCAAUGGAGGGUAUUAUUUUUAUGCUGCUGAAUAUCACGUCUGUAAUAGACCCAUGCAUGCAGCCUUUCCUCUAUUCCCCCCUCAUCCCCUCUUUUUUUUGGUGGGAGGGGUCCUUGUUAACAUUACAAGCUUUUAACACGUUUUUGACCUAGGAGCUCUGUUGCUGGAAGUAUAAAUCCCCAGCCAGUUACUCUCAUGAUGAUAUUACUGAUGUGUAAUUCAUUCUUGUGUGGUGGUCUGUGCUAUAGAGUCUGUGUAGUGCUAUCCAUAUUCAGAGUUCUGGUUUGUUUUGUUUUGUUUUUCCCUUAGAACCUGUUACAGUUUUCCUUCUUUUGGGGGGAAAAAAACCCCAGAACUCUGUUUCCCACUCCAUAAGCCCUGACUUUAUUUCAAGUUUUGUAGUAUUUUAAGGUGUAUAUUUUAUUUUAUUUUUAUUGGCUUAGUUUUUAAAUUAUUAUUAGUCCAGAAAAAUUUGGCCUCUUCUCAUGGGGAAAUGGUGAAACUGCUCUUCCGAAUAGAUAUUCUGCUUGAUCCCACUGUUUUAGUAAAAAAAGAACUAGUAAAAAAGAACUUCGUUUAACCUUCAGGAUUUCUCAAUACACCUUCAUCUGAGAAUUUCUUUCAAGAGAGCUCUUUAUAAUCUUAAUGGUUUGUUGAGCUACAAGAACUGCCAUUUAAAAAAUAAUAGGACAAAAAAUAAUAGGACAACAGGUGGUUUAUUGUUUAAUAUGCCUAUGGAAUAUGUACAAACUGGAUUUACAAACAAAUACUUUAAACUGGACCAGGUGGAUAUUGAAGUAACCCAUCAAAAUGUGCUCUGCAAUGAUUCUGCUUAACGUUCAAGUUCAGUAACUAAGGCAUAUGUUUCUUACUCUGCUUGCAAGGCACAUGGCAUUGCUUUUGUGUGUUGGAGGGGGAUUUGUGGUUUGUGCUAAGAGCCGCUUCUGACUGAAAGGGAUAGAACUUGGGUGAUUUUUUUUUUUUUUUCCUCCUCGAGGCUUUUUCUGGGAAUUUUGUUUUUUGGUUUUUUUGUCUUUAAAAAAAACAAAAACUUUCCUGAAUGUAUCAUGUCUUCAUUAACAACUGAAAAUAUAUGUGGUGUUUACUAAACUUGUUUACUAUAUUAAAUUUUCCUUUUUAUUUUUAGUAGCCCAGGUUCUUGAGUUUUUCAAGACAGAUUUUUUUUUUCUUAGCUGAGGUAUAGUUCUAGGGAGGAGAUUUAAUUAAGCCACAAUUUUGUGUGUGAAAAGACAGUUUCCUAUCCGGGUCUUUUCUGUUGUCAGAGCGAAGGAGUAUGGUCCAAACAAACCCCAUUAGGUUACUCCUGCAGCAUGUGCUUUUAGCUUCUCUCUUGACUAAGGAUCAAAUAUCCCUUUGUGAAUUGGCCUUCAGCUCCUUUGCUUCUGUGUAUAAACCUUGGAUGUUAACUACAUUUUAUAUUUACCAGAGCUAUUUGAGCAAUAGUAUUUGAACCACUAGCCUUUUAAAUAAAAGUCUGCCCCAUUGCUAAUGUGCA